AUGGCGGAACAAAUUGAUGUUGAUGAUGAAGUUUUCCGACCAAGAACUAGUUCAUCUCCUGGCGAAGUGAUGAAGAAGCAUCCCAAUCCAUUUUCGAAGAAAAACGCACGGCGAAACACGCGAACUGCCUCGGAUUUGCUUGCGGAAAUGAACAGCAGGAGGACAAGUCAAGCGGUCGAAAACGUGGGAAUAGUCAUGCCUCUCGACCAGUGCCAACAGAAUGACAAAAAUCACCAGAGAAACCAUAACCACCAACACCUCAAGUACGACCUGGAGACGGAAUUCUUGAAUAAGUUAUUCGGCGAUAUUAAAUCAGCCGACUACAUUUUCCUCGUUGUCGGUGUCUUGGUGACGAUUUUGGUGAUUGCCAGUGAUACUUUGUUUUGCUUGAAUGCUGACAGAAUUUACCAAGAAAAACUUCUUCCAUGGCAAAUUAGCCUUUCCAGCAUCUUGGUCUGCACCCUUAUUUCUCUCCUUGCUGGAUGGUGCCAGCUUCGAAAAAACUCGACAAUAUUUCUUCUUAUAACAGCUGAAAUCGCGCUACUGGGAUUUUUGCUUGGAGGAGGGCUGACUUAUGUGCAUAUUUUGAGGAUCAGUAAAAGCUGGUAUUUGGUCGAGUUGGGGAUGAUUUUGAGCUUGAGUCUUUCCUCAUUGAGUUUUCUUCUUUUGUCCUAUGUGGUCUACCAAGUCCAAUACGUCAUCCGCCGGUUAAUGUACGACACAGAAAUGCACGCAUUCGAGCAAUCCAGACAAAUAUCCAUGAUCGACAAACUCAUUGUCAACGUCGACAUGGCCACAACAGCAACAGUUCUUCUUCCUUCUGAAAAGCCGUCAACACCUUGA